CUCCCCGGGGGCGGGAUCGCGCGGCUGUGUGAGCGGGCGGGGGGCUCGUGGAGCGCGCGCCUCGCACCCGAGGGCUGCAGAGAGAUAUUUUGGGUGGCAGGAGGCCCCUCGUCAUUUCCGCCGGGCAGCUUGUCGUGCUGGGGCUUCACUCCCGCGCGCGAGGCGAGCGGGCAAGUUGGCUGCAGGCGUGCGGCAGUGGUGGCUUUUUCCCGUAGCCGUGAGACCCUCGGCUGUGCAAGCCAUGAACUGAAGCCCUGAGGGACGGAGACCCCAACGGAGUAGCAGAGCAGCCAGUGCUUCAGCGGGGACCAAGAGGAGUUGAGACCCCGGGGCGUUUCCCUCCCUAUCACUGCUCCAACGGCUGCUGCCCGCCCGCCGUGUGCUAAGAGCCGUUGCAGCCAAGAGACCCGACACACAAAAGCCGCUUUCUCCGAGCUGCCCGCCCAGCGAGGCAGCGGUCAGCAAGGGACCCCACCUGAGGGCGGCUUGGGCUGCUGAGUUCGUCUUGUGUCUGGGCUCUACACCCCUCGCCGAACCGAUCCUGUGCCCAUGGCUCUGAUCAUGGAACCGGUGAGCAAAUGGUCUCCGAGUCAAGUAGUGGACUGGAUGAAAGGUCUUGAUGACUGUUUGCAGCAGUAUAUUAAGAACUUUGAGAGGGAGAAGAUCAGUGGGGACCAGCUGCUGCGCAUUACACAUCAGGAGCUGGAAGAUCUGGGGGUCAGCCGCAUUGGCCAUCAGGAACUGAUCUUGGAAGCAGUUGACCUUCUGUGUGCACUGAAUUAUGGCUUGGAAACAGAAAAUCUAAAAACCCUUUCUCACAAGUUGAAUGCAUCUGCCAAAAACCUACAAAAUUUUAUAACAGGGAGGAGAAGGAGUGGCCAUUAUGAUGGGAGAACCAGUCGAAAAUUGCCAAAUGAUUUUCUGACUUCAGUUGUGGAUCUGAUUGGAGCAGCUAAGAGUCUUCUUGCCUGGUUGGACAGGUCACCAUUUGCUGCUGUCACAGACUAUUCAGUUACAAGGAAUAAUGUCAUACAGCUCUGCUUGGAAUUGACAACAAUCGUGCAACAGGAUUGUACUGUAUAUGAAACAGAGAAUAAAAUUCUUCAUGUGUGUAAAACCCUUUCUGGAGUCUGUGACCACAUCAUAUCCCUGUCAUCAGAUCCUCUGGUUUCACAGUCAGCCCACCUGGAAGUGAUUCAGCUGGCCAACAUCAAACCAAGUGAAGGGCUGGGUAUGUAUAUUAAAUCAACAUAUGAUGGCCUCCACGUAAUUACUGGAACUACAGAAAAUUCACCUGCAGAUCGGUGCAAAAAAAUCCAUGCUGGUGAUGAAGUGAUUCAAGUUAAUCAUCAGACUGUGCCUCUUAUACCUAGAAGUCCCACAAGCAGCGUUGCCACGCCUUCCAGCACCAUCAGUACACCCACCAAAAGAGACAGCUCUGCCCUCCAGGAUCUCUACAUUCCCCCUCCUCCUGCAGAACCAUAUAUUCCCAGGGAUGAGAAAGGAAACCUUCCUUGUGAAGACCUCAGAGGACAUAUGGUGGGCAAGCCAGUUCAUAAAGGAUCCGAAUCACCGAAUUCAUUUCUGGAUCAGGAAUAUCGAAAGAGGUUUAACAUUGUCGAGGAAGAUACUGUCUUGUAUUGCUAUGAAUAUGAAAAAGGAAGAUCAAGUAGUCAAGGGAGACGAGAAAGCACCCCAACUUAUGGCAAGCUACGACCUAUUUCUAUGCCAGUGGAAUAUAAUUGGGUGGGGGACUAUGAAGAUCCAAAUAAGAUGAAGAGAGAUAGUAGAAGAGAAAACUCUCUACUCCGAUACAUGAGCAAUGAAAAAAUUGCUCAAGAAGAAUACAUGUUUCAGAGAAACAGCAAAAAAGACACGGGGAAGAAGUCUAAAAAGAAGGGAGAUAAGAGUAAUAGCCCGACCCACUAUUCAUUGCUACCUAGUUUGCAAAUGGAUACAUUGAGACAAGACAUCAUGGGCACACCUGUGCCGGAGACCACACUGUAUCAUACAUUUCAGCAGUCCUCUCUGCAGCAUAAAUCAAAGAAGAAAAACAAAGGUCCUAUAGCUGGCAAGAGCAAAAGACGAAUUUCUUGCAAAGAUCUUGGCCGUGGUGACUGUGAAGGCUGGCUUUGGAAAAAGAAAGAUGCAAAGAGUUAUUUUUCACAGAAAUGGAAGAAAUAUUGGUUUGUCCUUAAGGAUGCAUCCCUAUAUUGGUAUAUUAAUGAGGAGGAUGAAAAAGCAGAAGGAUUCAUCAGCCUGCCUGAAUUUAAAAUUGAUAGAGCCAGUGAAUGCCGCAAGAAAUAUGCAUUCAAAGCCUGUCAUCCUAAAAUCAAAAGCUUUUAUUUUGCUGCUGAGCAUCUUGAUGAUAUGAACAGAUGGCUUAACAGAAUUAAUAUGCUGACUGCAGGUUACGCAGAAAGAGAGAGGAUUAAGCAAGAACAAGAUUACUGGAGUGAGAGUGACAAGGAAGAAGCAGAUACUCCAUCUACACCCAAACAGGACAGCCCUCCACCACCCUAUGAUACAUACCCACGGCCUCCCUCUAUGAGUUGUGCCAGUCCUUACGUGGAAGCAAAACACAGCCGGCUGUCCUCCACGGAGACCUCUCAGUCUCAGUCUUCUCACGAGGAGUUUCGUCAAGAAGUGACUGGGAGCAGUGCGGUGUCCCCCAUUCGCAAGACAGCCAGCCAGCGCCGCUCCUGGCAGGAUUUAAUUGAGACGCCCCUGACAAGCUCAGGAUUGCACUAUCUUCAGACUCUGCCCCUGGAGGAUUCUGUCUUCUCUGACCCCACGGCCAUAUCCCCAGAGCACAGGCGGCAGUCCACCCUUCCGACUCAGAAAUGCCACCUCCAGGAUCACUAUGGGCCUUAUCCGUUAGCCGAGAGCGACAGGAUGCAAGUGUUAAAUGGAAAUGGGGGCAAGCCUCGAAGUUUUACUCUGCCUCGAGAUAGCGGGUUCAACCACUGCUGUCUGAAUGCGCCGGUUAGUGCCUGUGACCCGCAGGAUGACGUACAGCCCACAGAGGUGGAGGAAGAGGAGGAGGAGGAGGAGGAGGAGGAAGGGGAGGCAGCAGGGGAAAACAUAGGAGACAAAAGUGAAAGCGGGGAAGAAAAGUUAGGAGACUCAUUGCAAGAUUUAUACAGGGCACUGGAGCAAGCCAGUCUGUCACCACUGGGAGAACAUCGCAUUUCAACCAAAAUGGAGUACAAGCUAUCAUUUAUAAAGAGAUGCAAUGAUCCUGUGAUGAAUGAAAAACUACACAGGCUGAGAAUUCUCAAAAGCACUUUAAAGGCCAGAGAAGGGGAAGUAGCCAUUAUCGACAAAGUCCUAGACAAUCCAGACUUGACAUCUAAAGAAUUCCAACAAUGGAAGCAGAUGUACCUUGAUCUUUUCUUGGAUAUCUGUCAAACCACCACCUCAAAUGACCCAUUAAGUAUUUCUUCUGAAGUAGAUGUAAUCACUUCCUCUCUAACACACACCCAUUCAUACAUUGAAACGCACGUGUAAGUGUAUUCUGCCCUCAGGCCAUCUGGUAUCUUCUGGUACUUUGAACAAGUAUAUAAGGUAGUUUUUAUAUCAAUGUGUGGGACACUUGAUAAGCUAUACUUCAGUGUUACCAAACUAUAUGAAACAAACCAUAUAUGGUCAUAAUACUAUUGUCUUUAAUGAGCAUUUGUAUAUUUUAUAUGCAAUUAAUGCUCAGUUUAUGUUUACCAUGUGCAAAAUCAACUGUCUUCAAUGACUUAAAAUUAACUUUUGCAGACUAUUCUGAAGACAACUGGUCUUCAAGUAGAAAAAACAAAAUGGCAGUUUUCUACCAACGGUCAUCUUUUCUCCCUUUAAGUUAAUUUUAUAUAAACAAGACUUCAAAAGUAAAUCACAUUUUUUCAGGUGCAGACAUCCUUGUGGGUGGGAAAGAAUUUAAACCUUUUUUAUAUUUAUUAAAAUGUUCUAAGAAUUUUCUUAAACAUUGCACAAAGUUUAAUGCUGUAGUUUUAUUUUUGUGAAAUGUAGAUGCGCCUACAAGAGUUAAGCAAAAUAGAAGAGCAUCAACAUAAGAGAAGUCAGGUAUUUAAUAUUCGUCUUAAUAGUCUAUUAACUUGUGAAAGCUGGUUAAUGGGAAUACUAUUCCAAAUCUAUGAGGACACUUAAUGGUGUAUCAGGGCAAAGCUUUGUAAGAUGUUUUUGUAACUAAGACCAAAAUUGAAGAUAGAGCUGCUUUAUUUUCUUGGUUUAAAUCUUCCUUUAUUUUUGUAGUGAUGAUAUGCUGAUUGUGUACAGAGGAAUUUGAGAGUGGAUUUUUUAAAACACACGUAACUCACCCAGAAAGGCAGCUAACAGAAUAUAUAUAUAUAUAUAUAUAUAUAUAUAUAUAUAUAUAUAUAUAUAUAUAGUUCAGCCCAAACUCAUGUUUUUAAACUCCAACUCUUAAAAAAACUACAAGGUAUAAACUGGAAUGAAUCAACUUUCUAAUUAGUUUCCAAUUUUCCUGCUGGUCCAUUAAUUAAACUCAUGUAAUUAUACUUCAGGCAGGGAAAUAAAAUAUGUUUAGUUAUAGGUUGAUGUGCAUUAUAAUAUAGAAAACAAUGUUGAAACAUAAAGUUAUACCUCUCUCCUGAGGAGCAAGAGGAUGAUGGUCAUUCAUAGAUCUUUUACAUUGAUUUGUAUGAGAGAAACCAUUUAUAGAGGUUUUUCCUGACUUUAUGAAUUGUUCUAUAGAGGGAUGAAGUCUAUGGAAAAGUCCUCUUCAUAUACUUCCACUUAUAAGCAUCUCGUUUUUGAAAGUGAUCACAGCAUGAUAAUGACUGUGCUGCUUUUUAGUGUCUGGCUGCGUAAUGUACAAGUCACAAUUUGCUGUUUUUUUUUUAGGAGGAGGAAGGGACCCUCCUUUACUAUUCUAUAUCCUAAACUCUACUUCUAAUCAGCUUUAUACUGUUGCCUGUACAGCUCAGUGAAUGUACUUUCAUCUCUAAAAGUUCAGACACAUACCAGUGAACAUUUUUGCUGUUGAGGAGAAAGUAAGAACUCCACAGCGGGGAUCUUUUUCUUUGCUUUUGAAACCACCAUUGAAUCACUAUCGUUUUGCAGACUUUGCACAACUGUACAGGAAAGUGGCCUUUCUACAGCACAUUUUCAGUAAUCCUAUAUUUACUCAAAAUGGAUGAGAAACACGUAUUAAUGUUUGUAUGGAAUUUUGGGUCCAGUGUAAUAUUUUUAUCAUUUAAAAAAACUAUUUGUAAAAACAUUUAUUUACUGCAUGAAUAUUGAUGCACAUUAAAUUUGUGGGAUUUUGUAUAUGUAAAAAAACAAACAAAAAAUCCUCUUGUCCUAAAAUGAAGUGUGCUUGUUAAAGGUAUUUAGACUUGUUGAUGUUUACUAGACCAAAUGUGUACAUUCAUUUAAAAAUAUCUGUAUCUGAUGGAUGUGUCAUGGAUACAGUGGCCAGGUUGUGCCCUGUAAACAGCAAGCAGUUGAUGGGAAGACUAGCUGUGUUGCUACUAAGCAGCUUUUCCUUUUGUAAAGUCUGCUCUGUUGUUUUAAAUGGUAAAAAUUAAACUGAAUUUUAAAAGACUUGUGGCUAGCCUAGCAUGAAAGAGACCUUUUAACACUAUAUAUCUGUACAUUUUAUUGCAUUAGUUUCAAAUCUAGGAGGGGCAGCACUGUAAACUGAAGUCAAAUAAAUUCAGCUCUUAAUGAAUCCUUA